GCAGACUUGUUUAGUAGUAUUCAUGAACCAAACUACGCAGCGGUUCAGUCGGGCACGUAUGGAAAUCCGCCUAAGCUGCGCUGGUUGCGCUUUGGCUGGGAUUAACCACAGAAAACGGGUUUCUGUGGUCGUUUUUUGAGGAACCGACCCGGCUGAUGAUUAUUUGACGGUCGAGCUAAUGGAUGAACCCGUUUAGCUUAAAAAUGCAAACUGAAGUCAGAUAUUAAUGGAGGAAAUGUGCAGUGAUGCGGGACACUGAGAGAAAUCCGUAUAUGUGAUCGGAGACUGAAUAUGGACCGUGCAUCAGGAUAUUAGAUCUGUUUAAAAUAUAGAUCAGCUGCUUUUUUACGGGCUGGUCGAUCACAUCUGAUCUGGAUCUUCUUACCCAGGCUUGAACAUCUGAUCUGAUCUGUACAAAAGGCUGUAUAUACCAGGACUACUUUCUCUGUCAUAAGUGGAACCGGUGAGACAAAUUCCUUCCUUCAUGCUGCCUGGGUAAAUCAGGGCGAGCAUGGCAGAUAAAACUGCGCCACGCUGCCAGCUUCGCCUCGAGUGGGUGCACGGUUACCGGGGACACCAGUGCCGCAACAACCUCUACUACACAGCUGGAAAGGAGAUAGUAUAUUUUGUGGCCGGGGUUGGAGUGGUCUACAACACAAGGGAACACACACAGAAGUUUUACCUGGGACACAAUGAUGACAUCAUCAGUCUUGCUUUGCACCCUGAUAAGAUCCAGGUGGCCACCGGACAGGUCGGAAAGGAUCCGUUUAUCUGUGUGUGGGACUCGUACACACUGACCACAGUAUCCAUCCUAAGAGACAUGCACACACAUGGUGUGGCCUGUUUAGCCUUUGAUGCUGAUGGUCAGCGAUUGGUGUCUGUAGGUCUUGAUGCCAAAAACACAGUGUGUGUGUGGGACUGUAAGAAAGGACGCGUGCUAGCCACCGCUACAGGACAUUCUGAUAGGAUCUUUGACAUCUCCUGGGAUCCCUACCUGCCUCACAGGCUAGUGAGCUGUGGAGUAAAGCACAUCAAAUUUUGGACAUUAUGUGGAAAUGCACUGACACCCAAAAGAGGAAUCUUUGGAAAGACGGGAGAUCUGCAGACCAUUCUGUGUUUGGCCACGGCAAAAGACGAAGUGACAUACUCGGGCGCUCUAAAUGGAGACAUCUAUGUGUGGAAGGGACUGAACCUCACGCGCACCAUUCAGGCUGCUCAUGGGGCUGGGAUCUUCAGUAUGCAUGCGUGUGAGGAGGGUUUCGCCACCGGCGGUCGGGACGGCUGUGUUAGACUCUGGGACACAGACUUCAAACCCAUCACCAAGAUAGACCUCAGGGAGGCUGAGCAAGGAUAUAAAGGUCUGUCCAUCCGGAGCGUGUGCUGGAAGGCUGAUCGGAUCCUGGCCGGGACUCAGGACAGCGAGAUUUUCGAGGUGAUGGUACGGGACAGGGAUAAACCUGUGUUGGUCAUGCAGGGUCACUCGGAGGGUGAGCUCUGGGCUCUGGAUCUUCACCCCAAACAGCCAAUCGCAGUAACUGGCAGUGAUGACCGAUCUGUCCGACUAUGGAGCCUGGUGGAUCACACACUUAUUGCUCGGUGUAACAUGGAGGAAGCUGUUCGCAGUGUGUGCUUUAACAACGACGGUUCUCAGCUUGCUCUGGGGAUGAAGGACGGCUCCUUCACUGUACUCAGAGUCAGAGACAUGACAGAGGUGGUGCAUAUCAAAGACAGGAAGGAGGUCAUUCAUGAGCUAAAGUUCUCCCCCGACAGCGGCUACCUUGCAGUGGGCUCCAACGACGGCCUGGUGGACAUCUACGCCGUUGCCCAGCGCUAUAAAAAAGUGGGUGAGUGCAACAAAUCCACUUGCUUCAUCACUCAUCUGGACUGGUCUGUGGACAGCCGCUUCCUGCAGACCAACGAUGGUGCCGGGGAGAGACUCUUCUACAGGAUGCCAGCUGGGAAAUUCCUUCCCAAGGAGGAAGCCAAAGGGAUUCACUGGAUGACGUGGACCAGUGUGUUAGGACCAGAGGUCAAUGGGAUCUGGCCCAAGUACUCCAAUGUCAAUGACAUCAACUCUGUCGAUGCUAACUACAGCAAUGCGGUGCUGGUGACGGGGGACGACUUUGGCCUUGUCAAGCUCUUUCGGUUUCCUUGUCUUAAAAAAGCUGCCAAAUUUAAGAAAUACAUAGGUCAUUCUGCACAUGUGACCAAUGUGCACUGGUCACAUGACUUGCAGUGGGUGGUGAGCACAGGCGGAGCCGAUCACUCUGUGUUCCAGUGGAGGUUUCUGCCUGAGGGGGUAAUGAAUGGUGUACUGGAGCCUCUUUUACAAGAAGGAUAUGCUGAUUCCAACAGCGGCGAGUCAGACUCAGACCUCUCUGAUGUUCCUGAGCUGGAUUCAGACAUUGAACAGGAAGCUCAGAUGAACUAUGAACGACAGGUUUAUAAGGAGGAUCUGCCUCAGCUCAAGAGGAAGCUAGUGGGCUCUUUGAAAAGGCAGAAAGCUCCAGAUGAAGGACUCCGACUGCAAUUUGUGCAUGGGUACAGGGGUUGUGACUGCAGAAAUAAUCUGUUCUACACACAGACCGGUGAGGUGGUUUAUCACAUAGCGGCUGUAGUUGUGGUUUAUAACAGACAGCAGCACAGCCAGCGCUUUUACCUCGGUCAUGAUGAUGACAUCUUGAGCCUCACUGCACAUCCACUAAAAGACUAUGUAGCUACUGGACAGGUGGGCCGAGACCCAGCCAUUCAUGUUUGGGACGUACAGACUCUGAAGUGUUUGUCCUUGCUGAGAGGCCAUCAUCAGAAAGGAGUGUGUGCACUGGAGUUUACAGCGGAUGGAAAGAGCCUGGUGUCUGUGGGGAUUGAUGAAGGCCAUUCCAUAGUGAUGUGGGACUGGAAGAAGGGUGAGAAGCUGGCCAAGGCAAGAGGCCACAAAGACAAAAUCUUCGUGGUGAAGGGAAAUCCAUUCCGCAUGGACAAGCUUGUCACAGUGGGUGUGAAGCACAUAAAGUUCUGGCUGCACACAGGUGGAGGCUUGACAUUUAAGAGAGGGAUAUUUGGAAACCUGGGCAAGCAGGAGACCAUGAUGUCAGUGUGCUAUGGACGCUCCGAGGACCUGGUGUUCUCUGGUGCCACCACAGGCGAUGUUUACAUCUGGAAAGACACAACACUGAUAAAGACUCUCAAAGCUCACGACGGCCCAGUGUUUACCAUGUGCUCACUGGACAAGGGGUUUGUAACUGGAGGGAAGGAUGGAAUAGUGGAGCUGUGGGACGAUAUGUUUGAGAGGUGUUUGAAGACCUAUGCCAUCAAAAGGGCUGCGCUCUCUCCUUCUUCCAAAGGCCUGCUGCUGGAGGAUAACCCCUCAAUACGGGCUAUCUCUCUGGGCCAUGGACACAUCCUGGUAGGUACCAAGAAUGGAGAAAUCCUGGAGAUUGACAAAAGUGGCCCUAUGACUCUACUAGUUCAGGGUCAUAUGGAGGGAGAAGUAUGGGGUCUUGCUGCACACCCUUUGCUGCCUAUAUGUGCCACUGUGAGUGAAGAUAAAACCCUCAGAAUUUGGGAGCUAUCCGCCAACCAUAGAAUGGUAGCUGUCCGCAAACUUAAGAAAGGUGGUAGAUGCUGUGCCUUUUCCCCGGAUGGGAAAGCCUUAUCUGUGGGUCUGAAUGAUGGAAGCUUCCUGGUGGUGAAUGCAGACACUUUGGAGGACAUGGUGACCUUUCACCACAGGAAGGAGAUCAUCUCUGACCUCAAGUUCUCUCAAGAUGCUGGAAAGUACCUAGCUGUGGCCUCGCAUGAUUCGUUUGUAGACAUUUACAAUGUACUGACCAGUAAAAGAGUAGGCAUCUGUAAAGGAAUGACCAACUACAUCACCCAUAUCGACUGGGAUACCCGCGGUAAAUUGCUGCAAGUAAACACUGGUGCCAAAGAGCAGUUAUUCUUUGAAGCUCCUCGUGGACGUAGACAGAACAUCUCAGCUGCUGAGUUUGAGAAGGUGGAAUGGGCUACGUGGACGUCUGUCCUGGGAUCUACAUGUGAGGGAAUCUGGAAUACGUUUAGCUUCAUCAAUGCCUCUUCACUUACCAAAGACAGAAAGCUGCUGGCUACAGGAGACGAUUUCGGCUUUAUCAAACUCUUUAGCUUUCCCUGUAAGGGUCAGUUUGCCAAGUUUAAGAAGUACCUGGGCCACAGUGCCAACGUGACGAAUGUCCGAUGGUCCAACGACGAUACCAUGCUGCUGUCAGUGGGCGGGGCUGACACCGCGCUGAUGAUCUGGACGAGAGAGGGGAUCGGGCCGCGUGAGAGCAAAGCGGUGGACAGCGAGGAGUCCGAUGAUGAUGCGGACGAAGAUGGAGGAUAUGACAGCGACGUGGCGAGAGAGAAGAUCGUAGAUUACACUGCUAAAAUCUAUGCGGUCAGCAUUAGAGAGAUGACCGGAGUUAAACCACACCAACAGCAGAAGGAGAUUAUAGUGGAUGAGAGGCCUCCUGUUAGCAGAGCAGCACCACUACCAGAGAAACUGCUCAAGAACAACAUCACCAAGAAGAAGAAAUUAGUGGAGGAGCUAGCACUUGACCAUGUGUUUGGAUACAGAGGCUUUGACUGUCGUAACAAUCUACACUACCUCAACGAUGGAGCUGAUAUCAUCUUUCACACAGCAGCUGCAUCUGUGAUCCAGAGUCUCUCUGCUGGCACACAGAGCUUUUACCUCGAGCACACUGAUGAUAUCCUCUGUCUCACUGUCAAUCAACAUCCCAAAUAUCAAAACGUCAUCGCCACGGGACAGAUAGGUUUAGCCCCUUCUAUCCAUGUGUGGGAUGCGAUGAGUAAGCAGACCCUGUCUGUGCUGCGUUGUUCCCACGCCAAAGGAAUUGGCUACGUCAACUUCAGUGCCACCGGCAAACUGCUGCUAUCUCUGGGAGUGGAUCCAGAACACACCAUCACUGUGUGGCGCUGGCAGGAAGGAACCAAAGUGAGCAGUAAGGCAGGUCACUCAGAGCGGAUCUUUGUGUGUGAGUUCCGACCCGACUCGGACACACAGUUUGUGUCUGUCGGAAUUAAACACAUUAAAUUCUGGACGCUGGUGGGAGGAUCGCUGCUUUAUAAGAAAGGAGUCAUCGGAGCUGUGGAGGAAGCUAGGAUGCAAACCAUGCUUUCUGUGGCUUUUGGUGCUAAUAACCUGACAUUUACUGGUGCCAUUAAUGGUGACGUGUGCGUAUGGAGAGAUCACUUCUUGGUGCGUGUGGUGGCUAAAGCUCACACUGGACCCGUCUUCACCAUGUACACCACUCUCAGAGAUGGCCUUAUUGUCACAGGGGGCAAAGAACGACCGACCAAAGAGGGGGGAGCAGUGAAGCUGUGGGAUCAGGAGAUGAAGAGAUGUCGAGCGUUUCAGCUGGAGACGGGGCUUCCUGUGGAGACUGUCAGAUCAGUCUGCAGAGGGAAGGGUAAGAUUUUGGUGGGAACUAAGGACGGCGAGAUCAUAGAGGUGGGAGAAAAGAACGCUGCCUCCAACACCUUGAUCAACGGACACACACAGGGUCGUAUUUGGGGCCUGGCAACACACCCAUCCAAAGAUCUCCUAAUCUCCGCUAGUGAUGAUGGAACAAUCCGCAUCUGGGAUUUAGCAGACAAGAAACUUCUAAAUAAGGUGAGCCUGGGUCAUCCAGCAAAGUGCACAGCAUUCAGUCCUAACGGAGAGAUGGUGUCAAUCGGCAUGGAGAACGGAGAGUUCAUUGUAUUGCUGGUUAAUUCCCUGACUGUGUGGGGCAAGAAAAGAGACCGCAGUGUGGCCAUCCAGGACAUACGGUUCAGUCCUGAUAACCGACUUUUGGCCGUUGGCUCCAUUGUGGGUGCUGUGGAUUUCUACAACCUGACUCUCGGUCCUUCCCUCAACCGAAUCGGCUACUGCAAAGACAUCCCCGGCUUCGUCAUCCAGCUUGACUUCUCGGCCGACAGCAAGUUUAUUGCGGUUUCUACAGGAAACUAUAAGCGGCAGGUCCAUGAGGUCCCCAGUGGGAAGAUAACAGAGCAGACGAUCGUGGACAGAAUCACCUGGGCCACCUGGACCAGUGUCCUCGGUGAUGAAGUGCUGGGUAUUUGGCCACGGAAUGCAGACAAGGCUGAUGUGAACUGUGCUUGUGUCUCUCACGCCAGUCUCAAUGUGGCUACCGGGGACGACUUUGGCAUCGUUAAGCUCUUCGAAUUCCCCUGUGUUGAAAAAUUUGCCAAACACAAGCGCUACUUCGGCCACUCUGCUCAUGUGACUAACAUUCGCUUCUCCUACGAUGAUAAAUAUGUGAUAAGUGUUGGAGGAAACGACUGCAGUGUGUUUGUAUGGAAAUGUCUGUGAAAAAAGAAGGAAAAAAGAAAAAGAAAAAAAUUCUACUGAUUCCUCUGAUAUGAAUGCUGCACACCUUCUAAUGCUGCAUCUGAUCACAGUGUGGGAAUGGACUGGAACUUCAGUGGUUCAGCAGAUAGUGAGUUUUGCCACCAUUCCUUGUAAAAAAAAAAGAAAAAGUGCAAUGUUUACGUUCUCAUAUACUUUCACUAAAGUGGAGUAAAAACAUAGUCAUGCCAAUAUUUAACAGAUAAAUGUAUUACUUUUAGUUUUGACAUUGAGUGCCUUAAACACACCGUUUGCUGAAUUUUACCCAUUCAGUGAUUCUGAUUCAUAUCCGGUGCUAUAUGGAACUUAAAUUAGGGCUUUGAAUGGUCUGUAAAAUCUCAUCACAUGUCAUGUUAUGCAAAUGUGUUUUUAUUUUUAUAUUUUGUACUAAUUGUUAAAUGUACCUAGUUCUUUAGUUCUUCCUAUGAAGUAAUAUUCAUCCAAAAAAAACCCCAAUAACUUGGGACUCAGGAGCCUGUUAGGGCAUAAACACUGUACCAGACUAUUUGUAGACGUUAUUUUUAAUGUGUGAUAUUUUUGUUAAAAGAUUUAUUUUUUAUUAGUGUAUGUAUUUAUGUAUGAAGUAUGCAACCUAAUCAGUCAUACAAAAAUGCAAAAAACUAUGAAAACCUAGUAAGAAACGAUGUGUACUGUUGUCCGCAAAGUAUGUACUGCGAUGCGCUGUUUGUAGUCAGUGAUGUGAUGAAAAACGUGUCUGUUGUGUAUAAAUAUCUAAAAAAAAAAGUCAAGUAACAUGUUUGUUUUUGUAUUUAUUGAAUGUCAAAAUACUGUUGAUGUAAUUGAAAGACGUUAAAUCAAUGCAUGAUCUUGAUUGUGUAAUGGUCUAAUGAUAUAAUAGAUGAGUGAAUGGUAUUAAAACUAUUACA